GUUUCGUUGCCGUUAAACGUUAAUCUUGAUGAUGUUGGUUUGAUGGCCGACACUAGUGAAUCUGUGACCCUGACCUGUGUGGCUAGUUACAGCCCCCGACAACCAUCUGGGUAUGGUUGGAGCAAAGAUGGAGCGGGGCUCUCUGACACAACCUCCUCUCUUACCAUACCAUACAACAAUGCCAGUAAUAUCUACAAUACCUCUUGUACAAGAAAGCUCCCUUCAGCCAGAGGAGUCCAGUGUAAUUCAACCUACCGAUGCUCUACAUCACUUUCUGGAAUACAAGGCAGUUAUCUGACCACUGCAAAUGUUAUAGUGUCCUUAAGUAAGCAACAAUUUGUGUGUACCUUGGAACGCCUUUUUGCUUGUUAUUGUGAUUGUGAAAAUUAAUUUAAUAUAUGAGAUCACGCAGUUUUCAAUAACUAACAUAAUUUAAGUCCUUUAUAAGGACACGAAAAUAUUGCAUUCCAGCCAUACAUGACUGUAAACGGUAUUAUAUGAACAAGGAAGUACUUUCUAAAAAAUACCUCAACCUUUAACGUAUUCUAAGUGGGUAACGUAUUUUUAACGCGUUUGUUUAUUCGUUGAUUUUGUCACUUGUUCAACAGUUUAAGUGCUGGGUAUUAGAUAAACUUAUAAAUAAGGCUCAUUUUGAGGCACAUUUUUGUUGUUUUCAGAGAAACCAGGCCAGCCAGUUGUUCAAGUUAAUCCAAGUGACGUUAAAGCAAAAUCAGCAUUAGUCACAUGGCCGUAUAAUCCUGGAGCCGAUGAAAUGCCUGUAACUGCCUACAAUCUUGAGUAUCGAAAUAGUACCUCCACACUUGAUAUACAUUUGGGACUUGUAUUAAGUACACGGAUUAUCAACCUCAAGCCAUACACAGCCUACAGUGUUAGGGUGUUAGCCAACAGUGUCUUAGGAAAGAGUCUGUGGAGUAAUUUCACGAAUUUCACAACAAAAACUGCCAGUAAGUGAUGAUGCAAAUUAGAUGCAGUGCUAAGAAUGAUAAUUUAUAUAAUACGUUCUUGUUCCAAAACACUGACCACCGCAUCGUUUUAGCGACUCCACUCAAUCGGGUAAUGAAAUAUUAACUACUGGAGUUAUCAUCUUAUAUCUUUCCAUUAAAAUCUGAAAACCUGUGACACAGAAAGGAGUGUAUGCAAACUAAAUCGGCGUUUUUCCUUGGAGUAAUCAGGCGUCCGGUUAUAGGAUAGACUGAACUAUUCAGAUUGAGUAUCAAUCGAUCUAAACUUAACUUGUACUUUUCCCUUUUAGGGCCUGAAGUCGAUGUCCAGAUCGUGAGUGUGACAAGCCAUAAUUCGCAAACAAUUCUUGUGAAAUGGCAGGUAAACAUCAGAUUUAUUUUAACAAAAACUCCUUCGAGUCCAUAAGUACUUCGUUUCUCAGGAGGGUUGCCUAUUAUUUCCAUGCUUCUCCAAAGACUAUUACCCAGUCGCUAUUGAGGUGCGCUGAUCUUUCCCUCGCCCCUUCCCACAACUCUUCCCUCUCCCCCUCCGCCUCAAUCCUCUGUUACCCCGAAACGCAUAACUCAUAAAUGGUGACUGUGUAGGAGUCUGGUUUCCUCAGACAGAAAAACCUGUGUAACCAGUGCCAUCUUUGUUCAUUUAAUAUGUUCACGGCUUUGUGUAAACAAGAAAAAAAAGGUUAGGCUUGAAAUUGUCUACAUCAACCCCGCAAAUUUAUCAUUUUGAGUGGAUUUUACUGUUAAAAGGUUUGAAAAUAAACAUAGGUAAUGGGGAGGAGACUGGUUAUUAAAGCCGGCGAACAUCAGUUUUGGGCUGCAGUUUAUGAAGUGAGGUCCAUGACAUAACACAAUCCAUUGUUUUUUAUUCAUGAAUUGUGACUGACUGAAUAAAUGCGGUUUGAUAGAAAUGAUAUAGAAAGUUAUGCAACGUCAAGCCCCUAAAAAGCUAACAAAAACACAUUGAAAAAAAAACUUUGACUAGCUUCAUAUACUCCACUUAAUUAACUAUGGUAUAAAGUAUAUAAAAUAUAUUUGCAACAGCUGUGGAUUCACAAGUAUGUCUAAAAGAACGAAGAAGGAGGACCAAUACAAAAAACAGUAGCAACAUAUUACACGGAGGAGGAUUUUCUUGUUAGAUAUUUACCGUAAUCUGCGGCGGUCCCGCGGUCUCCUAAUUCUGGUCUCGCAGUUAUGACAGUAGUGACUUGCAAGCAAAUGUCAGAAGAUAACCAUGGGUAUGUCCGUAUGAGCAUGCAAGGCAGUUAAAUGGGAGGAGAGGUUACUUAAGGAUGUAUUACUUGAACACUAAUUUAGUCAUGUAUGUUCAUGUCCAAGACACCAAGCACCACCAAUUUAAACGGACCCUUUAGAGGGUACAGCAUUGAAUACAAGGAAAAAGGGAAACCUUCAUGGACAACAGUCAAUGUCAGUGACUCAUCAACCGAGAAGACUUUACAGAGCCUGAAGAAAUGGACAGUAUAUUUCAUUAGAAUCGCAGUCAGUAAUGGCCACUUUCUUGGUCCACAUAGUCCUGAAAAGCAAGUUCGGACGCGAGAAGAUGGUUUGUAUAAUCCUUAACUUAAACGUGUUUUACUUCAGCUUUUUUUUUUUUUUGUUCUACAAGUAUCUGCUUCUUUUCCCCCUUGAUCACUUCCUAAACACGAACAACUCUGUCUCUUCUUAUAUUUAGCUCCAAGCAAACCUCUGAUGCUGGUCAUCAACUUACAAGAGCCAAGUGAAAGUACAAUGCCCAGAAUGACGGUCAACUGGCAACAACCUGCUGAACAAAAUGGUUUCAUCAGAAAAUACAGAUUACUUUUCACCUACACCAUUGAUGGAAGGCAAACUACCAUUACAAGUGAAACAAAUAAUAAGACCUUUAGGUACAGUCUAGAUGUUUUCGGUGGAAUUCAGUACAGUGUUGAAAUUUGGGCAGAAACUGUUAAACCCGGGCCAAUGCUAACUGGAACUAAACAAGUACCAGAAUACAGUGAGUAUUUACUUUUCAGUUUCCUGCUCUCAGUGCUGUUGUAUCAGCGGCCCUUUGAACAGAUGAUUUGUGUAAACGGAAUUCGUAAGGUAACGGAAAUGAUAAGCACUGGGAAGCUACAUCUCUGAGCUGUAAGUCCCAGAAAUAAAAGAAAGAUACUCCUCUUACUUAAAAUGCCCUAUAACUCCUACAAAGAGAGAGGAAGAUUCGCAAGUCCAUAUGUUGAAUUACUUCUGCCAAUGAGCAUCGUGGUCAGGGAAAUUUAUGGUGUGUGUUAACUAAUUAUACGGUUAAAUUUUUCACCCUAUAAUUCAAUAAAUAAUGCCAUUUUACAAUUUUUAGGUUAUCACAAGUUUUUAUUCUCACCAGUUGCUUUUUUUAAAAUUCUUUUUGCAGAACCAAGCACGUCGCCUCAAAACAUAACCUCUAAAAAAAUAAACGAAACAACUUACAGAAUAAGUUGGAAUCCUCUUUCCAGAGACAAGAGCAAUGGUAGAGUGGUCGCUUAUGAAGUGAAUCAGACGAGGCUUUCUACUUCACGUAAUGCAAGAUCCGUAUGCACUCCGUCAGUCCUACAAAACGCAACAGAUACAUUUGUUGUUUUAACUGGUCUUUCAUCUUGUUCUAUUUAUAAAGUUGAAGUACGAGCCUACACUUCUGCUGGCCCAGGAGUCUUUGGUAGACUUACUCGUAACAUCGCGAAUUCAGGUACUUCGAUGUAGUCAGAUCUGCUUAAUACGAACACAAAAUCGGGACAGAGCCAAGCAUGCGCGUUAUAGAGAUUGUCCCUUUAUAGUCGGGGAGAUAGAGAUAGGUAAAGUUUUGCAUCUUUGAGAAGAACUGUCCAAAAAAGAGAGGCGUUGGGAUUAGGUAUCUCCAAGGGAAAUUGAAUGGCUUCUUCGACAGUUAGAACUACCAUUAAGCUAUCCAAGAAAACUUUCCGUUCCAAAGAAAGCACAUUACGCAGUUUUGAGUGAUUUUUCGAUAAUGUUCUUUGCCGGAAGGGCGAUAUAUUUGACUGUUCUCAUACAUUAUAAGUGUGUCCAUCCCUUGCAAUCAUUGCAAAUGAUCAUUACCGAUUGUUGUAGUUCCUGGGGAACCAACUGACGUGAAGACGGAAAAUCCUGGUAAACGGAGCAUAACCUUGCGGUGGGGUAAACCGAAACUACACGGGGAUGAUAUAAGACGUUACAAGGUAACCUUCGACUUUUUUAUAAAGAAAAUUUAG